AUGAGUGAAACACAAGAUAACAAUGAACAACCUAAAGAUCCAAAAGAGUUGGAGAAAUUGGAAGAAGCCAAACUAAAGGCGAAAUUUCCUAAUGCAAUGCUUGGAAGAGGUACAGGAUCACAUUCAGCCUUUUUGCAAAAGAGACUUGCUAAGGGGCAAAAAUUCUUUGAUUCUGGUGACUAUCAAAUGGCUAAACAAAGACCUGGUAACCUAGCUGCACCAUUUAAAGCUCCCGCCGCUCCUGCCAAGAUUCCAACAGGAGAUGCAAUACCCACCCCUGAAACUGUACCGCUGCGGAAAACAUCCAUUAUUCAGCCCAAGUUUCAGCCAUCAAGCCAAACCUCCUAG